AUGACCAAACAAGUUCCUUCUUUUUUUCUGCCUCCCACGGCCCAGCAAAAAGGUUCAACGACGCCGGGAGAAGAAGGAAUGGCACCACCCACUCAUUCAACAUCACCAGCACAAAACACAUCCUCCAUUGGAAUGGUUCAUUUCGAUCAUGGGAGCAAUUCGGUAGCAACCAACACUUUAAAAACCGACAAUACGAAACACAUGAAAGAAAAUUCCGCAUUUCUCGAAUCGGAAGAAAUAUUCACUUCUCACAGACACAAGAAAUAUCAUGGUAGUCAUCAUACGAACAGUAGUGGUCUUCCACAACAACAUCCAUUAGCUCCGAAAACAAACUAUAGACAUAUUAUUGUUUCAAAGUGUCCCGAAGAAAAGGGAAUUACAAUUAUUCGGAUCAAUCGUCCACACGUGAAGAAUGCCGUUCAUCGUCCAUGUGCCGAUGAAUUAUUUCAAGCUUUUUACAAUUUUGAAAAGGAUGAAGCGUCCCUCGUUGCCAUUCUUUAUGGUGGUGAAGACAUGUUUUGUUCGGGAGCUGAUUUGAAAGAAGUAGCAAAAGGAAAUAUGAACCAAGUAGAAUCUGCAUAUGAAACAUUGAAAGGACCAAUGGGACCAACGAGAAUGGUUUUAUCCAAGCCGGUCAUUGCAGCCAUUGGCUCCGGUUACUGUUGUGCAGGAGGGUUAGAACUCGCAGCGUGGUGUGAUUUAAGGGUAUGCAAGAAAAAUUCAAUUUUUGGAGUGUUGUGUCGAAGAUUUGGUGUGCCGCUCAUUGAUGGAGGAACAAUUCGAUUACCAGCUCUUUUAGGACUUUCACGAGCAAUGGACUUGAUACUAACAGGACGAGAAAUUGAUGGUCACGAAGCGUUUCAAAUUGGCCUUGCCAAUCGCCUAGUAUCAGAAAAUGAUAAUGUCUUGGAUGAAGCUAUAAAAUUAGCCAAGCAACUCUGCUCCUUCCCUCAAUUGUGUAUGAGACAUGAUAAAUUGUCAGCAUAUGAUUCAGUGUACAGCCCACUUCGACAAAAGCUUCAAAAAGAGUAUGAAUAUGGUGUUGCCCCUUUGAACAUGGAAACAUUGCAAGGUGCUCGAAAAUUUUCUGAGCGACAUUCCAAACUCUAA